ACAUUGCCCGCAGCCAAGCAGUACCCAGCAGAUGCCCAAACAAACACCGACAACAUCCACAUCAACUUUCACACCGACAUCUUGGCCUUUUCUCUUCACCACAUUGAGGGUCGGGUCGGGUCGAGGGGGGGGGGGGGGGGGGGGGUGAAUCAACAUCAGAAACCCAAAGAAGACCACGGCCAAACGGCCUGGGCCCCUUCAUGGCCAGAAGGCCCUUUGACCCCCUCAGUUAAAAAUACCACCACCAUGCACCUCAGCGGUCGCAACUUCACACUCCAAGCUAAAAAUGGCCGCCGUUCCAAAACACCUGGUCUCCACUCGUCAGCGGCGGCGGACGAGGCUGCGGCUCGCCUUACGUCUGCCGCACGCUCCCAGCGGGACUCGUUACCGCUCAGGUGCCCGGCUCCUCACCCUGAGGGGACGGGAGGGGACGUGGGGCCCCUCCCUUUGAGGCUGGCCCCCCUGAAGCUGGCCCCCCUGCAGCUCCCCAAGGAGAAAAAGAAACCCACGGACAAGCAGACCUCUGGCAGUGCCCGAAAGAAGGCCCUGAAGAGCCCAGCCCCGGCCCCGUCGUCGUCGGCCCCCACGGAGCCCUCUGAGGACUCGCGACGGCCCCUGGGGAGCCGUGUUGUCCGAGCGGGCCCCCCGGAGCAGACCGCUGACCGGCCCCUCCGCGGGGACAUGUUGUGCCGAGGGGCCGCCGUGCACACAAAGCCGUCCCCCCCCUCGUCCUCACUUAGAUCCCCCACCCCUGCCCUGGUGGUCCCGGGCCAGAAGCCCCCCGGGGCCGCAGCCCCCCCGGAGACAGGCAGGAGGCGUCUGAGGCGGCCCCCACCCAUGGAGGAGGGCAGGUCACAUGACAUCGCAGCAACGGGUGACCCAAAGUCCCCGCCCCCGGCCGCCCCAGUGGCCCGACAGGGCCCUGAGGCAAGCGGGGCGCGUGCUGGGGGACGCGGCCAAGAGGGACGCCGAGCGGCGGGACCCCCGGACCCCGGGGGUGGGAGGAGGCCUGGAGGUGUCGGGCCGGGCCGUCAGACGGGCCCCGUUGGCAGACCUGCAGGACCUGGUCCUAGUCCUGUGAGGUCCACCGUGGUGUUCAGGGGGCAGUGACGGAGGCUCAUGGAAGAGAACCUGCCCUGCCACCUCCCUCAGCCUCCUAGAGACUCUCUUCUGUCUCCUCGCUGGGAGGGAUCAGGGAGGGAACACCCUUCCCCAGCUUAUCUCGCAAGGUCAACGGCCAGCAGCCACACCGCCCACUUUAACAAGGCUUUACAACUCACCGUCAGCUGCAGCGGAACCCUGCCAAGUAGAACAAGGCGGCUCACCCUCCACACUUUGUUUUGACGCUUGCAAAUGCAAUCCACGUUGUGUAGUGUUUCAAAUGCUGAUGGCCUCUCCACAGCUUUCUUUGGUGCACAGCUUCUGUCUGAAUUGCUGGUAUUUAUUCUAGAUGAUUGAAUACUGUAAGGUUGGUGAAGAAACAGCCACAUUCUGUUAUUACGUCAGCAAAAGCAAAUUCAUCUCAUUCCGGAGCCCUCAACCCGUUUGUUUGGGUUGAAAUGGGUUCAUUGUGGGAAAUAUGUUGUUUAUAUUAUAUGAUAUGCCAACUGAAUCAACAAGUCAGCUGAUUCUGUUGAGCUCAAACAGUCAUUAUUCAAGCAUAGUCCACUUAGUUCAUAGAUCCAUAAACAAUAAAGAUGUUUUUUUAAUCAGCA